AACAAUUUACUAAAGAGAACAUUUUUGAACCUAACCUUACUAUGUCACAAUUAAAUAAUAAUGUAUCAUUUGAAACGAAAAAGGGCAUACUAACUCCAGAAUAUAGUUCCUCAUUACAAAAUUAUAAUUUUCGAAGCAACAAGCCUAUAGAAGAAAACACAGAGAAUUAUGAUAUAAACAGCUUAGUAUAUUCUCAAAAUAAUUUAGGUACUAAUAAGAUAAAUGAAAAGAAGAAUGCUUUUAUAACUGUAGAAGUUAAUGUAGUUGUAGCUCAAGUGAACAACACCUGUAUUUUGGACUACAAUCAAAAAGAAACUCCGAAGGAUUUUAUGUUGCAGGAUAGUCUGACAAGUGUUGAGAGCUUUAUUAGCCAGUUAGAUACCGUAACAUCUGCUUCGAACUCUGAAAUGUCGGAUACGAAUAGUAAAAAAGAUUACUUUACAAUUAUAAGCUCAAACGAAAGUAGUUCUAUAACACUCACACCGCCUCAACCGAACAUCGAGUUGACUAGUGAAAAUAAUAAUUUCGUAAUGGCUAAAACUAGUUCUUAUUUCAAAAAGAACAAUAGUGAUUCUAUCCGUACACUUAUACCGGAAGGGGUUAAGGAUAAAACGAAAGUAACAAACAAUAAUUUUCGAUCUAUAGAUAAUCAAACUCUAAAACCAUUAGAUACAAUUAUCAAUAUGAAAAUUUAUCCAAAUAUACCAGAAAAUGAAUGCAAAAAUCUUUAUCUAGACAAUUGUAAUAAUAUUAUAAUUACAAACGAUAGUUUCAAAACAAAACCGCCAAAUACAUUUGAAUAUGACUAUAAUUCUAGAACGCGAAAUAUAAUUUUAAAAAAUAUGGAUGAAAAAUCAUACAAAGAAGAUGAUGGUGAUCGUCGGAAUCGGAUAUAUCUACCUGACGAAAAUACAAUUAAAGGUAUAUUAACUGAAACGGAAAAAUCGCAGAAGAGUUCUUGUUCAGAAGAAUCGCGUAACUUUAUUCCAAUUGCAGAUCUAUGUGAAAAACUAUCAGCAUUUCUCGAUAAUGCUAUUCGAAAACUAGAAGAAUCGAUGAUGGAAAAAAUUAAAAAAGAAAUAAAACAUGUUUUAAGUACAUUCGAAUCGAACAUGAAUACAAAACUAGCUAAGAGAAAUACGUUGGAUGAAGGGUUACAAUGUUGCUUAGUAAAUAAUCAAAUAAUAGAUGAAUUGACAUUAAAUUUGAACACAGAGAGUGAAACCGUUAACAAGCUUUAUAAAAAUAGCUUACAAACAUUGCAUAAAAAAAUCGAAUAUGUUUUGGAUAUUAUAAAGCCUCCGGUUACAACACGAGUAUCAAAGGAUACAGAAGAAGGUCGUCCUGUAGCAGUUUCAUUAUCUGACGGGUUAAAAAUCAUACAAUCUACUAGAAAUCAUUGUAUAAUGCAUUUAAUAUCAAGCCCGAUUCGAUUUCUGAAAGAAAAUGUCAUUGUUAUUGUCAGUGUGCCAAUGUUCUGUGUCGUUUUCUAUCUCGUUUAUUCCUUUCUUGUAUUAGUGUUGAAGUCUUAGUGAAUUUUGAAGUAUAGUUCUAUUAAAAAAUAAAUUAUCAUAUUAUCAUAUUAAUAAAUACAACCUAAGUGAUAUGACCCCAUAGUCCAAUAA